UCUAUCUCUUUUCACCACGGAAGUGUUUGAACCUCUUUGUGAAAAAAGAAUAAUAAUAAUUAAAAAAAAUGUUUUUCUUGGAGCAGGCCUCCCUUUGUAUGCUAAAAAACUGUAGAGAGAAGUUUUAGAUGAGAUUCCAUCUUGCCUUCUCUUUAUGCACAUCAUCAAUUUUCUCAUCUUUUCUUCCUCCAACAAUUUUAUAGUGUGACAGUGAGAAUUGUGCCAUUUCUUUUUUGUCUUUCUUUCACUUUUUUUUUCUCACUAUCUACAACAAACAACAUUCCCCUAGCACAUUGUUUUGUUGGGCACACCAAACUGGUCCCAGAAUUCAUUUCCUAGGCCACCAAAGUUGUUGUGUGUUGAAUUUGGGAGGAUGGGAAGUGGUUUCAGAGUUCUUGUUGCAAUCAGUUUUGCAGGUUGAGUGUGGUGAUGAUGAUGGUUGUUGUGUAGAUAAGGAAUGAAAAGAUUCAAUCUUUUUGAUGAAAAUGAGGGACUUCCCUUCUUGUUUUGGUGAGAGUGGUGUUCAAAUCGCCGAUUCUUCGUCCAGCUCUAGCAGAGCUUCUCAGAAUCUAGUGACAUGCCUUUACAGGACUAAGGUCCAUGGUUGUUCUUGCACCAUUACUGUCACAUGGAGCAGGAGUUUGAUGGGUCAGGGCUUGAGCAUUUCCAUUGAUGAUGAUGCUAACCAGUCUCUUUGCAGGGUGGACAUUAAACCAUGGCUUUUUUCUAAAAUGAAAGGCUCCAAGGGUUUGGAGGCUGACAAGAGCAAGGUAUACAUUGUCUGGGAUAUCUCUGCUGCAAAGUUCGGCUCUGGCCCAGAGCCAUUGGAAGGUUUCUUUGUAGCUGUGGUCAUUGAUCAUGAGAUGGUUCUUCUUCUUGGUGAUUUGUCUAAAGAAGCAUACAGAAAGACAAAUGCUGUCCCUUCUACCUCGAAUACCAUGUUCAUAUCAAAGAGAGAGCACAUCUAUGGCAAGAAAGUGUAUUGCGCAAAGGCUCAGUUCUGUGACAACGGCCAUGUUCAUGACAUCGUGAUUGAGUGUGAUGCUGUGGGGCUCAAAGAUCCUUCAUUGGAAAUUCGUAUUGACAGGAAGAGGGUGAUGCAAGUGAAACAUCUGGCCUGGAAGUUUAGGGGUAAUCAGACCAUUCUUGUUGACGGGCUUCCUGUGGAGGUAUUUUGGGAUGUUCACAAUUGGCUCUUUGGAUCACCAGUCGGGAAUGCUGUCUUCAUGUUUCAGACUUGUCUCAUGCCUGAGAAGUCUUUGCCAUGGACCUGCCCUCAGGUAUCAAGGGAUUCCCAACUGUCCGGAAUUGGUUUCUCAUUAAUUUUGUAUGCUUGGAGGAAUGAAUAAAUGUAUUCCUAGGGAAAACUUUUAGCCUUUUAUGUUCUCUUUCAAGUGCUAACAGUAAUAUUUUAGUAAGUUAUGCGAUUUCAAGUUCAAAUUUGUUAUUUGACUCCCAUAUUUUUAAUUCAAUAGAUUGAGAACAAGUUGAGGUC